GUCCAUUCAGGCGAUUCAAAUCUGAUUAUUGCGGAGAAUGGACUAUUACAAUCAACGCACCAUUAUCCAGCUUAUGCGGUACAGUUAUAUCACCACAACACAAUGUUAUAGUCCUUUCCCCAAUGAUAUGGUCGAUCUGGUCGGGGCGUUCCAAAUCGCCUGCAGCAGGUAGGGAGUUGAGUGGUGUGUUUAUGUUCAGUGACAGAGAACGGUAAGCUAAAGUUUGCUUGAUACGGUGCUGUGGGCAGACAAGGGUUCGCGUGAUAGCGUAUGUGUGUUUGUCCUAUAGUCACCAUUCCUCGUGGACGUCAGCAUGGAAGUGUUUUUCCUAGUCUGUGAUUCACAGACAUGAAAAUAGAACAACGCAAGUAUAUAUCCGGACAUAGUUGCCAAGAACUUAGGAUCACAACCUUACGCAAGGAGUCUGAGAUCGUUCGAAUGGACUCAAGGAUCUAUGGAAUGUUGAGGAGUAUUGCUGUGAUUAUUCUCGAAUAUUAAGGACAUUUGUCCUGGACUGUUGGUUUAUCUGUGAUACGCGCCCGGGACAUACGCAGUUUGAUUGAUUGACAAACUGACAUAUUUAUCAAGGAGUACCUACCCAGAAUACCCAACCCAGGAACACGUACUCGGAUACCCUACCCAAGAAUACCUACCCAGGAACACGUACUCGGAUACCCUAUCCAAGAAUACCUACCCAGGAACACGUACUCGGAUACCCUACCCAGGAACACUUACUCGGAUACCCUACCCAAGAAUACCUACCCAGGAACACAUUUUUAGAUACCCUAUCCAAGAAUACCUACCCAGAAUAUUCUUUUGAGAGAUCCCUAUCCGGAAUACUAUCCCAGGAAUACCUACCCAAGAAUAUCUACCCGGAACACUCGACUUGAGAAUACCCUACCCAGGAAUACAUACCCGGAUAUCCUAACCAGGAAUACCCAAGAACACCUACCCAGAAUAUUCUACGUAGGAAUACCUGUCCGGAAUAUUCUCCCCAGGAAUACUCUACCCGGAAUCUCCUACCCAGGGAUACCUUUUUCUGAAAUACCCUACCAAGGACAUCAAGUUCAUCUUCCACAUGGGCUCCAGUGGCAGCACUUCAAAGCCCCACCCCCGGGACCAGACAUCGUCAACCCGGGGGGUCAGCCAUCCCAAAACAGACACUAAACAAGCUGAGGGUCCAAACGUUGUCGGCCAUGACAACGCUGGGCUCAACAUCAUCGACAACAGCCAAAAUACCACAAUCUCCCAGACUGGAGACCAACAGAAACAAAAUGGCCGCUCAAAUUUACAUCCGGGAGAGGACUGUCGACAGACGUCAGCGAACAACUCUCUUACACCUGCUAAACAUACCCUCCUCCCCCCUAAGGGACCCAGACGCCCUUCCGUCGCUAGUGGUGACUUCCGGUACCCUCCUACUCGACCACACAGACCUCGCACAGCGCCCUCUAGGCCAAAAUCGUCUCGAUCCAACAGCCAGAGGCCAACAGUCAGGGGCAGACAAAUCUCCACCAGACAACUACAGAAGGUGGACCUGUUUUCUAGGAUUCUACACGGCGAUAUGUCGGUAGAGUGCCCGUUCGCCGCCAAAAUAGUCAGGAUCUUCACAAGCAGUACAUUCACAGACACGGAGCACGAGCGGAACGCACUGAUGGAGCGCGUGUAUCCCCGACUGAAGGAACGCUGCCGGCAGCUGGGGUAUGAGUUUCAGGUGGUGGACAUGAGGUGGGGGGUCAGGGAUGAAGCAACGGAUGACCACAUGACCUCUGACCUCUGUCUUCUGGAAAUUGACCUCUGUAUGAAGCUGUCAACUGGACCAUUCUUUGUGACAUUCCUGUCCCACAAGUAUGGGUAUCGACCGCUGCCCUCCCAGAUCAGCUCCGAGGAGUUCCUGCGGGUCAUGUCGGCGGUGAAGAAGACAGAGGACAAAGAUCUCUUAUACAGGUGGUACCUAGAAGAUGAAAACGCCGACCCCCCGACCUACGUGCUCCAGCCAAUCAGCUCCCUCUUGCCAGACUUUCUGUCUGAAGAUGGUGAGCAUCAGCUUGCCAAGGAUACUUGGUACGAGAUGUCGGACCAGAUGAAGAUGGCGCUGGAAGAGGCAGCUCGAGAGACGCUGGAGCCUCGCGCUGCUCACCGUUACGUCAUGUCGGUCACAGAACAAGAGAUCGCGCAUGCGCUGUUCACAUCUGACAAUGUGGCGGGAAGAAGCGCGUGGUUUGAUCGCCGUCUCCGAGAUAUCGACAAAUCGACGGACAGCCCGUCUUCAGCGUUGUACAAGUAUAAAGGUGAGGUCACCACUGUCACGUCGUACAUGGGAUUUACAUGCAAGGGAAUUUAA